AUGUCUGUGACAAGUUCUCAAUCUGGCAUUGAGGCAGAACCCGACGUCGAUAGUCAAGGUCAAAAUAUCGUGGAAACCGCUCAGUACUUCAUAAAAAAGACAGCUAGUCUCAAUAUUGUCAAGACCACUAUCCAGCCCAAUGGCCAAAUCAUUGAUUGGAUUCCCAUCGAGUCCCAGGGAGAGGUAGCUUCCCCUCCACCUCUCCCUGCAUUACCUUCCCGUCGAUCUACCAAUGCCAAAGACGACUCCGAGUCCUGGAAAACAAAUCGCCCUCUCUUCCUACUAGAACAACCAGGUUCCGAGAAAGGCCCCGGUGGAACGGUGCCCAUCCUGCGACAAGACCUGAAUCUCAUAAGUGGUAAACAAACCCUAGUGCAACGACUAAGCAAGCCACCAUUGCCUCCAGGCAAAAAAGAAGACCAAACUGCAUGGCCACACUGGUACGCAAGUACAGGCCAGUCAGUGAAUAACCUCGGCACCAAUGGAGGGGUCAGUUGCUACAAAGCCGCCGUCCAAAAUCUGGCAGAUUUCUCACUGCUCCAAACGGCGGUUAUCAAGAACAACGUUCCCAUUCUAGGCCAUCCCUCCGCAUCCUGUGUUCAAACAGUCGAGGUUGGAUGGAUCAAUUAUCCAGCCCAAGUCGCCGAGCCCCAUCUCUUCACCUUCUUCAACACAAACGGCUAUACUGAAAUUGCAGACUAUAAGGGAGGCUGGAAUACCGAUGUCAAGGGGUGGGUGCAGUACGAUAAUACGAUUUUCCCAGGAACAGUGCUUACACCUCUCUGCGUUGAUGGCGGCUCACAAACUGAAUUGCCUAUUCAAGUCCAACUGCACCAGGGUAAUUGGUGGGUGUUGAUUCUUGAUCGCUGGAUCGGAUACUAUCCCGCUUCUCUGUUCAGCAAUAACGUGGACGAUCCGGCUCGGACCCUUGCGCAAGGUAGUGACCAGAUCGACUGGUAUGGGGAAAUAUAUCAGACUGAUGUGGACUUGACUACGACUGAUAUGGGUAGUGGGCAGUGGCCGUCGACUGGGUAG